UUUCAAACCUGUUACAUUAAACUCCAUAUAUAUAUAUACUUGUUUGAGGGACCGGAAACGUUUGCAAACAAUAAUCGAAACUGAUCUGCAACGUCACGUAUUUGAACACCUUGUUCUUCUGAGAUACACAGAUCCUUGGAUAUAAUAUAUAGAUAGAUCACCACCGAGCAUCAUCAUCAGCAUCAUCUUUUUCUUCUACUCGGCUUCGAGAACCACCGCACAUACCUGAUCACCUGAUAAUAUCCCAUGCACCCGCCUUGGCACGUAACACAUGGCGAUGUAAGCGUAAUACCGCGCCCAGCACAGGCCAACUACGGUGCAAACACACCCGCGGAGCAGGCCGCAAUACAGCCGCGGUACACAUCGUACAGUACAGCCUCCGAAACAAGCCCAAUCCCAAAAGACCAACGAUGCUUGUUUCGGCUUCAAUCAUCCAUCCUCUUUUUCUAACUCCUCCUGGUUGGCGAACAACAAUCGUCUCUUUUUUCUCUCUCUUCUCCAUUUCUUUUACUUUCUGCUCUUCUUCUAUAUACCUCUUCUCAUUUAUUUCUUCUCCAGAUUUUUUUUCUCUUUAUUUCUCCUCCUCCCCUGUCGCCCGUCCUUGUGCUGGGCGAAACAAAUUAAACCCAUAUCCUUGCUCAAUUGGCCUGCCCUAUCUCCAAAGCCCCCGUUUUCCUCGCCGUUUCCUUGUACAGUAGUUUAUUCCUUCAUUCCUUAUCGUCGGGUUAGCUUCUUCUUUUUAUUUUUUAAACCAUUUCAUUUGGAAAACAACGGGUUACAUUCGCUCAUACUUCCGCCCGCCUGCCCUUCAAAGAACUCGAUUUCGUUCUCGGAUGCUUAUUGCGAGAGGGAGCUGUUCGACCGGAUAAUUUCAUUUCUAUCACGCUACGCUGAAUCCAUCUGAUGGAUAUUGCUCUUGUCCAUCUUUACUUUUAACUAGCCUCGUUGCGUUCUCAAUCGUGUACCUCCUACGGUUUCGGGACCUUUUCGAAUAAGCCUGUUCAACAGGCUCCUGAUCCAAAGCCUCCCCUUCACCCCCUCUUUCUCCUCCUCCGCUAUCUCUCUCCCGUCAACAUUCUCUCCUACUCUUCCACCCUUCAUGGCGGCCCAUGAGACUGCCACGGCCACUGGCACCUCUCAGAACCCUGAUCUACGCCGAAGAAACGUCACCGGUUCGGAGAAAGAUGGCAGUGGGGUUAAAAGACACACUCCGUUCGAGGUUGACGAGAAGAGAAAGAAGCAAGCACCACGCAAGUCUACCUUCAUCGAUGUCCUAGACGAGUGGGAAUUUAUUAUUGCUCCACUGAUAUUCACUGCGUUCUCCUUCUUCACGCGAAUGUGGCGUAUUGGUAGAUCAGAUAUCGUAACCUGGGAUGAGGCUCAUUUCGGCAAAUUUGGCUCCCAUUACUUGAAGAGGGAGUUCUAUUUCGAUGUACAUCCGCCGCUGGGGAAAAUGCUGGUGGGCCUCUCGGGAUACCUUGCGGGCUACAAUGGCUCGUUUGAAUUCAAGUCCGGAGAGAAGUACCCCCCUGAGCUUAACUACACUUUCAUGCGUUUGUUCAACUCCUUUUUCGGAGCUGUUUGCGUUCCCCUGGCCUACUUUACCGCCCGCGAACUAAAUUUACGUCGCCCGGCUGUCUGGUUGAUCACUCUGAUGGUUCUGUGUGAGAAUUCCUAUGCGACCAUCUCCAGAUUCAUUCUCCUUGAUUCAAUGUUGUUAUGUUUUACCUUCACGACUACCCUUUGCUGGGCCCGAUUCCACCGUCUGCAAAAUAAAAGUUUCUCGGCGGAAUGGUUCUCCUGGCUGUUUCUGACUGGGCUAAGCAUUGGCUGUGUCUGCAGUGUUAAAUGGGUGGGAUUCUUCGUUACUGCUCUAGUCGGGCUCUAUACAGCUGAGGAUCUCUGGAACAAGUUCGGUGAUCUCAAAAUGCCCAAGGUUGUGCUUGCAGAACAUCUUGCCGCUAGGGUAGUGGGAUUGAUCAUUAUUCCGCUGCUCGUCUACAUGUUCUCGUUCUAUGUCCACUUCCUUAUCCUCGAAAACUCAGGACCCGGCGAUGCACAAAUGAGCUCUCUAUUCCAGGCCAACCUGAAAGGCACAAACGUUGGAAAGAAUAGCCCACUUGAAAUCGCCAUCGGAUCAAAGGUUACGCUGAAAAAUAUGGGAUAUAGCGGCGGCCUUCUCCAUUCACACGUCCAAACGUACCCAGAAGGAUCAACUCAGCAGCAAGUAACUUGCUACCACCACAAGGACACCAACAAUGACUGGUUUAUCUAUCCGAAUCGCCAGGAACCUAAUUAUGACCCGAACGAUCCCUUGAAAUAUGUCGCCGACAAGGAUGUCAUCCGGCUCAUUCAUGCGCAAACAGGACGCAACCUACAUUCGCACACCGUAUCUGCACCGAUAACGAAAAGCCACAACGAAGUGUCUUGUUAUGGAAAUACGACGGUAGGAGAUGAAAAAGACCACUGGCGCGUUGAGGUACUCGGCGACGUCGCCUCUAGGGACCGGUCGAAGAUUCGCACUUUGACGACUUCGUUUCGCCUCCGACACGCUGUGCUUGGCUGCUACCUUCGCGCUGGCACUGUCAAUCUCCCGCAGUGGGGUUUCAAGCAGAUUGAAACCACUUGUAUCAAGGAAAAUAACCCUCGGGACAGAUAUACUCACUGGAAUGUUGAGAGUCAUGUUAAUGAAAGAUUACCACCUGGUGACCCCGGUUCCUAUAAAUCCCCCUUCCUACAAGACUUCAUCCACCUCAACGUCGCAAUGAUGACCUCAAAUAACGCUCUUAUCCCUGACCCAGACAAACAAGACGAGCUCGCCUCACAAUUCUGGCAAUGGCCUAUUCUCCACGUCGGCCUGCGCAUGUGUUCCUGGGACGACAACGUCAUCAAGUACUUCCUCCUCGGCAACCCCAUCGUCUACUGGGGCGGCACCCUCAGUCUAGUCCUUCUCGGCGCAAUCCUCGCGUGGUACCUAAUCCGCUGGCAGCGCGGCUACGACGAGCUCAGCCUCGCUGACAUGGAACACAUCUACCACUCAGGCCUAUACCCGGCGAUAGGCUGGUUCCUGCAUUACUUCCCGUUCGUCGCCAUGGCGCGCGUGACCUACGUGCACCACUAUUACCCAGCGCUGUAUUUCACGAUAUUGUCCCUGGGCUUCUGUAUGAAUUGGUUUACGCAGAAGUUGCCCCGUUCGGUCGAGUGGGCGGUUUACACAGUUCUCUAUGCAGCCGUUAUUGGGUUAUUUGUACUUUUCCGCGAUAUUGUGUUUGGGAUGGAAGGUUCGAGCUCGAAAUGGGCGCAUCUGGGUUGGUUGAGUACGUGGCGGAUUGCGUAGGUCUUUCGAGCUUUGGAAGGAAAGAGAAGGGGGGAGAUAGAGACGUGUUUGAAAACGGAAGAUGUAUUGUUGCUAUCUUAUCAUGCUACAUUUGUGGUAUUUAUUUUGCUUUUCCUUUCUUUUAAUUGUUGUGUUUCAUUUUACAGUUUCUGAAUGACGCAAAAAAACGGGAAAAGAAUAAUUUUUAGAAAAGAGAAUGUUUUAAUUUGUUUUGAAAUACUUUUCCCCUUAUUUUCUCCCUCAUUGUUUCAUUCCGCAUGCUUUUUGUUUAUUGUUUGUUUUAUUUCCAUUGUUAUUGGCAGCGUUCUCUGUGAAACAGAAUACAUAUUUGAGCAGGUAACUAUGGUAUGGCUUUGUGCAUGGGAAUGAACAGGGAAGGACAGUGAUAUGUAUUGAUUUGAUAUAUGUACAGUUAUCAAUCUGGAAUCUCUUCACAUUUUGUCAGUUGUAGAACAGAACAGGGGAGUCUACCAUGAGCUUUUUUUGUCCAUUUGAAAAAGGGGAACGAAAUUUCCUAUCAGUGGUAGAGAAAUCCCUUCCAAUGAGGGUCCCUCAUCACCCUCCCUCCUCUACUACUGGUCUGGUUCUUCUCCUUGAGUGAGCUUUUGAGCAUAUUUCUUCUGCAAUCAUUUGUCCAUCUUCUUGGCCUCAUUUUGUGAAGAGGUCAUACAAACAACAAGAAAUGUUAUUUUCCAUGUCAUGAACAGGAGAUUCAAAAAAAUACAAAUAAAAUUGGGGCUCACCUAAUCCUACAAACUUGAAUGUGAAGUAGAACAUCAUAAUACAGCACUAAUAACAAAGUGGGUUGAAAGAGGUGGUUCGGAGGGAGGCUCAGCGGAUAACACUGCUCCUGGAAAAAGAUAAUUAAGCAUCACACCCCCUAUUAAAAUACCCUAGACAUGAAUAUAGUUAUGCUAUAAGAAAUAUUAUGUAAAGGCAAAAGAAAAGAAGGAAGGAAAACAAUAUUAAAUAGAGAUAUGACGCAACUAAUAUAACAGAGGGGCAGAGGGGCAGAGGGGCGUAUGUGGUAAAACAAGAGGUAGUGGUAUAACAAGCCCGUUGACCCGGAACUGUUUCUUGAAAGGCAAUAAAGUGAAAUAGGCCAAAGCAGCGAGCGGUAAUAAAAG